AUGCCCACGCAGCCUGCUUUCACCACUACCAGUGCCCAUGCAUGCUACCAAGGGAUCCAAGGUCCGGCCCCCAGCUGCUACUGUCAUCUCCAGUGCCACAAGUGUCACCAAGAUCCUUUGGCCUGGCCUGCUAUUGCCACCUCUGAUCCCAGCACACACCACCUGGAGGCCCAAGGGCCAGCCCACUCAGCUCCUUGUCCACGCUCCGCCCCGGUGGGAACGGCCGCGCGCUCCCCGCAGGUGGUCAUCCGCCGCCUGCCUCCGGGCCUCACCAAGGAACAGCUGGAGGAGCAGCUGCGCCCGCUGCCAGCACACGACUUCGAGUUCCUCGCCGCCGACCUGAGUCUUUAUCCUCAUCUCUACUCAAGAGCAUACAUUAAUUUUAGGAAUCCUGAUGACAUCCUUCUUUUUAGAGAUCGUUUUGAUGGAUAUAUCUUCCUUGACAGCAAAGAUCCAGAAUAUAAGAAGUUUUUAGAAACCUACUGUGUGGAGGAAGAGAAGACCAGUGCCAACCCUGAGACUCUGCUGGGGGAGAUGGAGGCGAAGACAAGAGAGCUCAUUGCUAGAAGAACCACACCUCUUUUGGAAUAUAUUAAAAAUAGAAAAUUAGAAAAGCAGAGAAUUCGAGAAGAGAAGCGAGAAGAACGGAGAAGGAGAGAGUUAGAAAAGAAACGUUUGCGGGAAGAGGAAAAAAGAAGAGAAGAAGAAAGAUGCAAAAAAAAAGAGACAGAUAAACAGAAGAAAAUUGCAGAGAAAGAAGUAAGGAUUAAGCUUCUUAAGAAACCAGAAAAGGGAGAGGAACCAACCACAGAGAAACCAAAAGAAAGAGAAGAGGAGAUUGAUACUGGAGGUGGCAAGCAGGAAUCCUGUGCCCCCGGUGCAGUCGUAAAAGCCAGGCCCGUGGAAGGCUCGCUGGAGGAGCCCCAGAAGACGUCACACAGCGGCAGUGAUAAAGAGCACAGGGAUGUGGAGAGAUCUCAAGAACAAGAAUCUGAAGCACAAAGACACCAUGUGGAUGACGGCAGGAGGCACAGAGCUCACCACGAGCCUGACCGGCUUUCCAGAAGGAGUGAGGAUGAGCAGAGACGGGGGAAAGGACCUGGCCAAGACAGAGGGAAGAAGGGGAGCCAGGACAGCGGGGCUCCGGGGGAGGCCAUGGAGAGACGGGGAAGAGCGCAGAGGUGUGACGACAGUCCAGCACCCAGAAAAGAGCGACUGGCAAACAAGGACCGGCCAGCCUUGCAGCUGUAUGAUCCAGGAGCUCGCUUCCGAGCGCGAGAGUGUGGCGGAAACAGGAGGAUCUGCAAGGCAGAAGGUUCGGGGACUGGUCCUGAGAAGAGGGAAGAGGCAGAGUGAGUCACUGCACGCACCUGGCCUCCAUGGACGAGCGAGGGCAUCCCAGAAACGUGUAAAUGACCCCGAGUGUGACUGGGAAGGAGAACUUAUUCCUUACCAGGAAACUGGAAGCUAAAAAUACAGAGGGUGACAUAGAAACACGCAGAAACCAUUCUAAAGAAAGUAGUGAUCUUGUAUUAAAUUGAGCAGAAUUCUCACAGAUUUUACCAUUCCUGUUAUAAACUAGUAUUUGUUGUUUAGCCAAAACAGAAAAUGAUUUCCACUGGACAGUAGAAAAAUAUGUGUAAAAUAGGGAAGAAAGUUAGUACUGGAUCAGUGUGAGUCCUGAAGCACUUUCAGUGCUGUGAGAACGACAUCCACUUUGGGUUUCAUUCGUUUGUAAGCAGAGGAGCUGUCAGUCACUCGUGCUUCUCGGUGGCCUCUGAGCCAUGGUGUUGAGUGAAGAGUAGUUCUUGUUUGUUACAACCUUUGUGAGUCAGCCAUGCCUGCAAAGUGUGCUGUGUUUUAGUCCUGGUAGGAAUAUUUAUCAGAGUUCACACUAUAUAAAACCCAACAGCUUCAACUAUUGCCCUUUCAACAGUUUUGCCACUGACCGGAUAAAAACGGUUUCAGUCUUUGAAUGGAUGUGUUUGUGGUUUGUAACCAUUACGGUUUAAACCAUGGUUUAAGAAUUUGCCCAAAUAACAGAAAUUUUGUUCAGGAAGGGAUAAACUAGAUAUAGCAUAUAGAGCCUGUUUUUGAGUUUUAGAUACUUUAUUUGUAAAUAACUUAAAAUAGCUUUCUGAAACCGUGCAUUCUGUAGUUUCUUCCUUUCAGUGAAAUUGCUAAAUGUGAAUGUAUUUUUGGCACUGCGAUUUUAACCAUUUAUUAAAUAAAAAUUUUGUUAACGAAAA